AUGGAUGGGGAAGAAGUUAGGGAUGGAGAAGAAGUUUGGAAUGGAGAAGUAUCUACUAAGUAUGGAGAAGAAAUUAAGGAAGAAGAAACUGAAGUUAAGGAAGCAGAAGAAGUUAAGGAGUAUGGAGAAGAAGUUAGGGAAGGUGAAAAAGUGCAGAAUGAAGAACAAGUUAGGGAAGAAGAAGAAGUUAAGGAUGGAGAACAAGAUGGAGAAGUAGUUUGGGAUGGGGAAGAAGUGAAGGAAGGAGAAGAAGUUAAGGAAGAAGAAGAAGAAGAAGAAGUUUUGGAUGGAGAAGAAGUUAAGGGUAAAGAAGAAAGUAUGGAUGUGGAAGAAGUUUGGGAUGGAGAAGAAGUUAAGGAUGCAGAAGAAGUUUGGGAUCGAGGAGAAGUUUGGAAUGGAGGAGAAGAACUGAAGUAUGGAGAAGAAGUUGAAGAAGAAGAAGUUUAA